AUGUUCAUACCCUACAACUAUAAAAAUAAAAUAACAAUAAAUAUAAUUAAAAUAUUAAUUGCCAAAUUAGUUGUAAAUGGAAAGAAAAAAAGUAAAAUAAUUGGAGGUAAAACAGUUGCUAUUGAGUUACAUCCAAGUCAAGUGUCAUUACGCUGGAAAGAUGGACAUAUAUGUGCUGGAAGUAUAAUAUCAAAAAGCCACAUUUUAACAACAGCAAGUUGUUUAUUAUAUGAACUCGUUGCAUUACCAGCAAAUGUUGAAGUAUUAAGUGGAACAAAUGAUCAAUUUGAUGCAUCAAAUUCUGAUUAUUUAAGCCAAGUUAAUUAUGUAAUUUAUCAUCCAAAAUAUGAUCCAAAAGCUGGUUGGAUCCAUGACAUAUGUAUAUUAAAAUUGGUUAAUCCAAUUAAUUAUUCAAAUACUCGUAAGAAUAUUGAUAUGCCAAUUUUUUUUUUAUCAGCUGGUAAUUUUCCAUUUACUGGUUGGGGUGAUAGCUAUGAUCUGAUCAACAAUCAGCAUAAAAGAUUUUUACAAGUUAUUUAUGCAAAAUUUCAAAGCACAGCAACGUGUAAUAGAUAUUUUAAUGAAUUUCAUUUUACAAUGUCUCGUUCACAAGGUUGUGUAACAUCAUACGAAAAAGAUGGGCUCAUUGAAAUGGGAGACAGUGGUGGUGGAGUUAUUCAUACUGUUUAUAUUAAUGGUAUCAUGUCAUUACAUGUACCAACAAUAAAAAAUGUAUUUGUUUAUACAAAAGUGUGGCGUUAUGUUCGAUGGAUCCAAGAAACAAUUGAAAAAUAUUAAUCAAUUAAUCUAUCAAAUGUCAAUGUUUUUUUAAAAAAAAUAUAAUAAAUUUUGCUACGCAAUUA